GACACCUAACCAAUAACAUUAACCACACAACAAAGAAACAAACAAUGGCGAUCAUGUAUGUUCCACUAGUUGUAGCCUUGUUAGCCACGAUUAACAUCUGCCAUGCCCAAAACUCACCACAAGAUUUCCUCAACGCCCACAACGCGGCUCGUGCCAGGGACGGUGUUGGACCCAUGAGAUGGGACAACAAAGUGGCGGCUUUUGCUCAAAACUACGUCAACCAACUCAAAUCAACCUGCAGGCUCGUGCAUUCCAGCGGUCCCUACGGCGAGAACCUGGCGUGGGGCAGCCCUGAUCUCGCCGGCACGGCUGCUGUAAAGAUGUGGGUGGAUGAGAAACCUUUCUACGAUUAUAAUUCAAACACUUGUGCUCCUGGCAAGGUUUGUGGCCACUACACUCAAGUGGUGUGGCGUAACUCCGUUCGUCUUGGGUGCGCUAGGGCUAGGUGCAACAAUGGCGGAACUAUCAUCAGCUGCAACUAUGAUCCUCCUGGUAAUUUUAAUGGUCAACGUCCUUUUGGUUUCUUGGACUUGAGUAAUUUGAAGAGUGUAGUUUAAAUGAUUUAAGUAAAUGAACCUGAAUAAGUCUGAGAUCUUUAAAAUUUAAGAUAAAGUUGUACGUGUAUUAUUUAAUAAAUCAUGUGUGUGUAACGAACAACUACUAUUUUUUAAUGUUGUAAUUUUACUAGAUUCUUGACUUGUAUGUUUAUAUACCAUAAAUUCAACUUUUCGGUGAUGAAUUAUUAUUA